AUGGGUAAGUAUAGAAAAAGGUUCAAUGAGAAGGCAAGAUCCGGCCAAAUUGCAAAGCAAAACGCUUUGAAGGCGGUGAGAAACAAGCAAUUCACCAGAUAUGCCGAUGAGGACGCUGAUUCGAAUGAAUCAAAAAGUACUUCGAAUAGCGUACUUGAACAAGAACAAGAUCCCAAUGCUGCGAUACUAAAGCCUGUGACGGAAGCCGAGAAGCUUGAGCGUAAAAGGAAGCUAGAGGAGUCAUUAUACGAUCAAAAUUCAAAGGAAAAUAAAUUAUCUAAGGCUAAAAAGAAGCGUUUGGAUAAAUAUAUUGAACAUCAAAUAAAAAGAGAAGAAAAGAAGACAUUACUUGAAAAAUUAUCCAAAACAAAGAUAGACACCGACUUGCUAGCACCUUCAAAGUUAUUGGGGACAGGUAAGCAAACUAGGCGUGAGGAAAUGAUCGAAGCUCUUGACUUGGAAAGACAAGGUAGAGGUGAUGAGCGUACAAAAGAAAUUCUAUACGAAGAGCAUGAAGUUAAAGACUGGCCAGAAGAUGCUCCAUCUCAAGACACAUAUACUAGUAAGUUCCCAUCAAGUGAAGAAGAAGAUGAGGAGGACGAAGACGAAUUUCCAUCUACCGAGUCAAAAUCCUCUUUCAUAGAUAAUAGACCAGCUAAGUUUGGUGGAAGUGGGUUUGGCUUUGGUUUUGCCAAUUUGCAAAAAAUUGAAAAAAAUAAACCAAAGAAGAAGUAUACUUGGAGACUAGCUGUGGAGAAAGAAGAGAAAAAGAGACUCAAGAUCGAAGAGGAAGAUGACUUUAAAUCGGAUGAAGAAAGCGCCCUGGAUGAAGAAAGCGAAGAUGAUGACGAUGAUGAAAGUGAGGAUGACGGUGAUGAAGAGGAAGAGGAGGAUGACGGUGAUGAAGAGGAAGAGGAGGAUGACGGUGAUGAAGAGGAAGAGGAUAAUGACGGUGAUGAAGAGGAAGAGGAUGAUGAGGAUGAUGAUGAGGAUGAUGAGGACGAAAACGAAGAUGAUGAAGAUGUUCCAAGGCUUUUAAGAGGUAAACCUAAGCAUUCAAAACUCGCUGAAACAUUUAAAGAAUGGGCUGAAAGUCAAGUUCGUAAGCUCGAGAACCGUGAUCAGGAAGUGGUUUUACCCGAGUUAUCCAAAGAAGUCAAAGAAAAAUAUUCUAAACCAACAAUUCAUGAAGAAGAUUUGCCUUCUGAUAAUGAAGAAAUCAUUCCUAUUAAUGAAGAUUUAAAAAGAGAUGCAUUUUUUGUGGAUGUCACUAGGGAUCCUGAAGUCCAAUCACAAAGAAUGCAACUUCCUGUCUUUGGUGAAGAACACAGAAUAAUGGAAGCUAUCCAUCACCAUGAUUGCAUUGUCAUUUGUGGUGAAACUGGUUCCGGUAAAACCACCCAAGUCCCCCAAUUUUUAUACGAAGCCGGCUUUGGUAAUUUGAAAUCAGAUUUAUAUCCUGGCAUGAUCGGUAUCACCCAACCAAGACGUGUGGCCGCCGUUUCCAUGGCCCAACGUGUCGGUAAUGAAUUGGGUGAAGAGCAUGGUAAGAGGGUUGGUUAUCAAAUCAGAUUUGAUACCACAAUUAAAAAUGAAGGUACUGAAAAUGGUACCGCAAUGAAAUUCAUGACAGAUGGGGUGUUGUUGAGAGAAAUGAUGACCGAUUUCUUGUUAAAGAAAUACUCUUCUCUUAUUAUUGAUGAAGCUCAUGAGAGGAAUAUAAAUACCGAUAUUCUAAUUGGUAUGCUAAGUAGGGUUUUAAAAUUAAGAAGACAAUAUCAUGAAAAAGAUCCUCAAAACUAUAAGCCAUUAAAAAUUAUCGUCAUGUCUGCCACAUUAAGGGUCUCUGAUUUUUCAGAAAAUAAAAGUUUAUUUACUACUCCUCCACCUAUAUUAAAAGUUGAUGCUAGACAAUACCCUGUCAGUGUCCAUUUCAACCGUCAUACACGAUUUGACUAUUUGGAAGAAGCUUUCAAGAAAGCAUGCAAAAUUCAUAAAAAAUUACCCCCAGGUGGAAUAUUGAUUUUUCUUACUGGUAAAAAUGAAAUCACUGCUACUGUGAAAAAAUUAAGAAAAGAGUUCCCUUUCCCUCAAUCUAAAAAGGAGAAAUACUAUGAUACUGAGAUACCACAAGUCGGUGCUACUAAAAAUAUUUCACUUGAAGCAGAGGAUGUUGAAAUGGAUAUUAAAUUGAAACCAGAAGAAAUAGAAGAGAAUGAUGAUUAUGAAUCUGAUUCAGAAGAAGAAGAAGGUUUUGAAGAAACAUUGGAGGAUCAUCAAACUGAAAAAGAUCCUUUGUAUGUCUUGCCAUUAUAUUCUUUAUUACCUACAAAAGAACAAAUGAAAGUAUUUGAAGACCCUCCUAAAGGAAGCAGACUAUGUAUUGUGGCGACUAAUGUUGCAGAAACUUCUUUGACUAUACCUGGAAUUCGUUACGUUGUCGAUUGUGGUAGAUCCAAAGAACGUAAAUUUAAUGAGGAAACCAAUGUCCAAUCUUUUGAAGUUGAUUGGAUAUCUAAAGCUUCAGCAGAUCAAAGAUCUGGUAGAGCUGGUAGAACCGGUCCAGGACAUUGUUACAGGUUAUUCUCUUCUGCAAUCUAUGAAGAAUAUUUCCCUCAGUUUAGUAAGCCUGAAAUUUUAAGAAUGCCGGUUGAAAGUACUGUUUUAUCGAUGAAAAGUAUGGGCAUUGAUCAAAUUGUCAAUUUCCCAUUUCCCACUCCACCAGACAGACGUUCCCUUUAUAAGGCAGAAAAGUUGUUGGUUUAUUUGGGUGCAUUAGAUAAGAAAAGUAAAUCCAUCACUGAAUUGGGUCGAACCAUGGCCUUGUUUCCGUUGAGUCCUAGAUUUGCAAAGGUAUUAAUCAUCGGAAAUCAACAAGAGUGUUUAAAUUAUAUAAUUGCUAUCGUUUCUGCAUUGUCUGUCGGUGAUCCCUUUAUCAAUGAGUUUGAAUUGGGCCUCGAUAAGGAACCUAAGGAGAAAAAGCAAAAAAAACUGAACGAUACGAAUGAUACCAGAAGACAGUUGAGAUCCAAGUACCACAAGUCUAAUGCAAUGUUCUCUAGAUUAGAUAAGUAUUCCGAUGCAUUGAAGCUCUUAUCAGCAGUUUGUGCCUUUGACCAUGUUCCACAGAAUAAGAAAAUUGACUUUUUGAAUUCAAAUUUCUUGAGAGCCAAGGUCAUGGAGGAAAUUCAAAAGUUAAGAAAGCAAAUCACUUAUAUAGUCAAAGUUAACACUAGUGAAGACUCUAUAGCUGCUCAUAAAGAAGAAACUUUAAAAUUGGGAGUGCCUUCAAAAGUUCAAGUUGCAGCAAUAAAACAAAUGGUGGCAUCGGGAUUCAUUGAUCAAAUAGCAGUCCGUGGUGACUUGGUAGAUGCUGAUAUCAGCAUCACUAACAAAAUGAACAUCGCUAGCAUUCCGUAUUCUACUUUAUUCCCAAGUUCAGUGUAUAACGAUGGAAUUGAUCCUCAUGUUUAUAUCCACCCUAACUCGGUCAUCGUGAAGAGUGGUGAAGUCCCUGCUCAGUAUUUUGUAUACUCUUCUUUGAAUUUAAGUGCCAACGCAAAGGAGAACAAACUUAAAAAAUUGAGAAUGAAACCAUUAGUCAACAUCACAGGUAAACAAUUGGCUAACGUUGGUAAAACUUCUUCCUUGGUUACUUAUUCCAAGCCCUUGGGACAUCCAUAUGCCCCAAAGAAUAUCACUCCUUCCAAAAGAGAAUGUUACGUUGUACCAAGGUUUGGUGCUGCUAUUGGUGAUGGUGGUCUCGGUUGGGACUUGCCAGUGGUCAAAGUCUACCAAGUCAAAAAGCAUGGUUCCUGGGUCAUUGAAGACUAG